GCCAGAGUAAGAUCCCUUGCCGUUGCGAUGACUUCGAGGCAGCCUGACGGCAUAUGACAGGUGGACUGCCGGGUGGAAUGCCGCCGGACCUGAACUUCUUUGCCACGGGAGAUUUGAGUGUUCAGCUGAAAGAUCUGGAGAAAAGCGAGCAACCUCCAGAUCGCUGUGUGGGUUUAGGGCAAGGGGUUGGCGGCAACCUGGCCAGGAGUUGCUUGGGCUUAGUGGGAAGCAAGGAGACCAAGGAGCAUCGGGUUCAACAGGCGACCAAAGAUGAGAAGAAGGGUGAUGCCAUCGUGCCGUUGGACAGGCUGAAUGCACCCUUCUCACCAUCCACCAGUCCACGCUCUGGACUCACUGGAGCCAUCCUCAGCUACUCCGAACCCAAAGGGAUGUGGUUCAGUUUGCUGAUGAAUGACAUGGGACCAGUGCCCAGAGAGGAGCUGGAUAAGGUCAUUGCACACCGCUGGACCUUCCAGGGUGCUUUGGAAUUGGCAGCGCAAGGCAAAAGCAUUUGCUACUUCAUCCUGUGUUUGCUUGAAAUCCAGAGGAACAUCCAAGUGGACCAGGAGGAAGAGGUACUGAAUGCGAAUCUCCUGGAAGCGUGCAAAACCUUCGUACGUUGUCAGUGCCGCGAAGGGAAACCUGGUGAGAUGUACCAGGUUUUAUCACAUUUCAUCAGCAACUCCCAUGUGUUCUUCGAAUGGGAAAAGUUUCUGACGGGUAUUUUUCAAGAUUCCCGGGCACAUCAGGAGCGCUUUCUGGUGAUGCACCUGGAACAAGUAUGGUCGAGGUACAAGAGGUUCACCACAGUUUUAGAGAGCAUGUUCGACUACCUGGAUGACAUCUUUACCUGGCGUCAUCGAUUGCCCAAGGUGAGCGAAUUGAUCCGAGACCAUAUGAAAAGGAGAUGUUUUUCUUCGCCUCUGGUCACAAAGAACGAGUUGUUCACAUCACAGGCAGUGCGCGACGAAACCUUGAAGCAGGUGAGAUUUGCCAUGGGCUUCGUCCUCUAGAUGGCUAUGCCUGGCUAUGGCUAGCCAAAGAUGCCCCAAGUGAUGGAAGAUGAUUUCUA